AUGGAGGCCCGGUCCACAAAGAAGUCAAGUCCCAAAGGAAGUGAACCCUCUUGGGCCGACAUUGCCCUCGUAAUUCGUCACAACGACGCUUUGAUAGGCGGUGCUGAAAAGAACACAAGGAUUCUCGUCAAGGAUACCAAGGGGAGGGGGUUCAGCCUCGGCGUCUUUCUAUUUGAAAUGAUGAAAAUCAAGAGAUAUGAUCGCCAGGAAAAUCAGACACACCACUUGGACAGGGCGUUCCCCUCACAGGCGGACCCGUUCCAAGCCUCCGCACUCUCGGAGGUGAAACAACAAGACCUGAGUGCAACGUACUCGGAUCCGGAGUACUAUGGUUCCUUUCCAUGCCCUAUACACCAGUACGGAGCACCUGACUUGUCCGUUGUGGGGGGCCGAGAGAUUGACGCGAGUCCCCGCAGUAUCCAAGUCCGGUUCCGGCGUGUGUGGAAUCUCGGCUCCGUCGUUGGACGGCCUCCAUACCGAAUGGACCCCACGAGGCAUUCAUUACGCGUACAUUCCUUGACACCGUUCCGCCUCGAUCGAUUGACCUCGGACCUGAAAAUAGACUCUUUCGGCAAGGGGGAAGAUCCGCCCACGAAGUAUGCCCUGUCAGGCAUGCCGUUCGAGCCGAUCUCGUUGCCAUGCGGCAUGAUCCCUCGAGGUCGCCCCUUUGGCGAAUCGGCACUCGUUAGCGACGGUCUCCAUGGCUUCACUGUUGCCGACUAUUGCUGGUCCUCUCGCCUACGCACCCUUGCCCAGGCUAGUUAUCUUCACCUCAUACAGACUCCAACCACAGGCAACAUUCUCCGCCCCCGGUCGAGUGCAACUUUUGGGCAGUGUCUUAAAUGUCUGCCCCUCGCGUUCAUGUCCGCAGACCCACGACCUCUCAAUCACCCUGAGUUGCCAAAAGUCAUCGUCACGAGCAUAGACCCUCGAGACUUCACGGUCACAAUCUUCCCCUAA